ACUUAGAAAAACCUUUUGACACCACCACAAAAUGGACAAAAACUGAUACACAUUGUUUCAAUAUAAUAACUCCCGAACAAAAUACGGCAUUAGAUCCAAAUGAUCGUGUAUACAUUACUUGGAAGAUGUUAAAGGAAUGUUAUGAAUUGGUCAAAGAAUCAUUAGAAAAUAUAAAUAAUGAACAGAGUAAUAAGAAAUUUAAUGAUGAGAGUAAUAAAUUUGAAACUUCUACACCAACCCUAAUAACACCUUUAACGAAUAAGACAUUUAAUGAAGAUGAAGACGAGUUUUCGGGUGUGGUAGGACCUUUUGGAAUUAAUCCAGAGGCUGCAAAGUUUCCAAAAACUUUGUUUGCACCCGUCCCUACUAAAACGGAGAAUAAAAAAUAA